GGGCCGGAUCUCGGCGGCUAAAUUCUAGCCGUGGACUCAUUGGGCCCAAAUCACACUUCGAGCCCAUUCGUAUAUCUGGGUAAUCUCAUUUUGGCCCUCGAACUUCCGCUCUCAUCUCAGUUUACCCCCAUCAGAUGACGUGUCAAAAGACAAGCGGCUCACACGAAGAAACCGUUAAUUAGGACACUUAACAGUAAUAGAGGCCUCCCGCCAUUUUCUCUCACUAGACAGAACGGCACAGGGGAUCUCUUGUCUCGUGAUCUCAUCUCGAGAACUCCCGGUUUCAGCUCGAAGCCUCACUGGUUUGUUCUCCUUCAGAUCCACAGCCCACACAAAAUUCCCCAACUCUUACGACAGCCCCUUUAGGGAGAGAACGAUGCCACCGAGAUCGAGAUGUUACCACAGGUUCUUCUUCACGUUUGUGGCUCUGAUGUUUGCUGUUGCUGAUGGUAUGCGUUUCGAAGUUAACUCGGGGCAGGGGAAAUGCAUAUCAGAGGAGAUCAAAGCCAAUGCAAUGACAGUGGGGAAGUACAGCAUCGUGAACCCGAAUGAAGGGCAUCCCCUGCCAGAUGAUUACAGGAUCACCGUCAAGGUGACGUCGCCUCAUGGGAACAACUAUCACAACGGGCAUCAUGUUAGCUCUGGUAAUUUUGCAUUCACCGCGACAGAAUCAGGAGAUUACUCGACAUGCUUUUACGUGUACGAUCGCAAACCUCCUAGAGCGCUAAUAAUCGAGUUCGACUGGACAACUGGUGUUGCUGCUACGGACUGGAUCAGCGUUGCAAAGAAGGGACAGCUCGAUGCAAUGCAAGUCGAGCUGAAGAAGCUGUAUCACACUGUAAUAUCCAUUCAAGAGGAGAUGUUUUAUCUUCGUGAGAGGGAACAAGAGAUGCAGAAGUUGAACCGGUCGACCAACUCGAAGAUGGUAACAUUGGGGUACCUCUCACUCCUGAUCUGCUUGUCCGUCGCGGGAUUACAGUUCUGGCAUCUAAAAACGUACUUCGAGAGGAAAAAGCUAGUCUAGGCGAUAUUACAUUUACGAUCUUUCAUUGACCAAGAGGCUUCAUCAUUUUUCACUCGCUGUUGCAGUUCUAAGUAGCAGAUAGCUUUGUUUUCUCGGAAGCUUAGAGUUGAAUGUCGCUCCUCUUCUCUUCCUCGCAAUGUUCAUGAAUUUUUCUAAGACCAUUUCAUCCUUACAUGAA